GUUCAAGAUGGCGACAAAAACUGACAGAACAAUAUCUUAGCCGUUUGUGCCCUAUUAAGCGAUGUAUUUCCCAGUUGGUUGGCCAAAACAGAUUGGAAUACCUAGCCAAAUAUCCACUCUACAAGAAUACGUUGUCGCAAAUCGCGAUAGGGCUAUAUUUGCCAUAUUAACGGCAGAAACAGUUAGCCUUUGGUAUUCGAGGCCAUGUCUGCAAAUAACAUGUUUGGAAAGAUCAGCAAAUUCUGUGUCUCAGUUUGGGUCAAAUCAAAAAGCCCAAUGGAAGCCAGAUUCUACAAUGCUGGCAGUUGUGACAACAAAGGGCUACAUCAUAUUCUUUAAAGUUGAGAUAGAUGCCAAUGCCCCAAACAAUCAGUGUCUCUAUGCACAGAAGGAGGACAGGCGAGUUAUAAGAGAAGGUUUCAAUGCUUCCAUGGAUAGUGAAAGUGUUCCAGCCGUAAAGCUAUCUCAGAUGUCAUAUAUACAAAUACCUAGUGGUCUCUCAAGCCUUGUAUGUAUAAGAGACGAGUUGAUGGUAGCAACAAUAUCUGGAAGCUUACAGAGGAUACGUUGGGAUGGCUAUGUGAAUGGGGACAUGGCUCUAUCCAUCAAUAGUAUACCAUUCUCAGUAGAUCUACAACACACAAGAGCCUUACAACUAGAUGUUCCUGGUAUAUAUUUUACUCAUAUUGAGUACAGUCCACUCCUGGGGGGAUUUGCUGCAGUGCUUUCCAAUGGUAAAGCUGCAUUCAUAACCUCACAGUCUGUCAAGUUUGAACCCAAGCACAUAGAGGGUGUUUGGGCCCAAGAUCUCAAUGAUGCUGCGUAUGUUGCUGUCAACCACCGUUACAGACUCAUGGCCUUUGGUUGUUCAAGUGGCAGUGCAGUAGUGUACAAUAUUGAUGAAAUGACAGGUGCUCUUCAAGUCUCACAUAGACUAGCAGUCUCAAGUAAAGACUAUCCAGAUGCAAGCCAGGUGACAGGGUGUAUUACAUGUAUGCGCUGGACCCCUGAUGGUUGUGCCAUUGCAGUCACCUGGAGUAAGGGAGGAUAUUCUAUAUGGAGCGUCUUUGGAGCUCUUCUUGUUUGCUCACUAGGGGACCCACAUGGGUCAAUUGACCAUGAAAUAAGUGCCAAGCAGAAAAAGCUGUUAAUAAAGUCAAUGGAAUGGGGUGCAGAGGGGUAUCACCUAUGGCUUAUAGCAGAAGAUGCAACUAAUGAACAAUCAACUCAACCAGUGCAACAUACAAAGCUUUUACAGAUAGAGUUUGUGAAAAGUGCUUUGACAGUGAAUCCAUGUAUGAGCAACCAUGAACACUUAUUUUUACAAGGACAAGAUAAACUGUAUAUCAAUACUGGAGAUACUAUAGUGAAAUCUACUGGUGAUAAUUUAGCAGAGGGAGUAAGUCCAACUCAAGAAGAGCCUCCUAGUAGAGGAGAUAGACAGUCAGUUCUUAUAGGCAAUAAACAGUGGCAAAUAGUACCUGUACCUUUAACUUACUUAGCUUCCAAUUGGCCAAUACGGUACACUGCAAUAGACAGAACAGGUCAGUGUUUAGCAGUAGCAGGAAAGAUGGGUGUCGCUCACUAUGCGCUUUUUAGUAAGAAGUGGAAAUUGUUUGGCAAUGAAACUCAGGAACGUGAUGUAGUGGUUUCAGGGGGCCUCACUUGGUGGCGAGACUUCCUGUGCCUUGCAUGUUACAAUCUAUUAGACCAACGAGAUGAGAUUCGGUUUUAUCCACGUGGUACCAAACUUGACAACACAUUCUCAUGUGUUACUAAGGUACCAUCUCAGGUGCUGCUGUUGAACACAUUUAGGGACAUGCUCAUCAUCCUUUGUGCUGACUGUCACAUCAUGCUGUACAGCAUUGAGAGAAAGGCCUCUCAACCAACUCCUACUGUUGAGAUGAGUAAAAUCCAAGAAGUUGCUAUUGGCAACUUCAUCCCACAUCCAGCAGCUGUAGUUGCCAUCACACUUACAUCCCUCAGGACAGAGUCAGCUCCAAGCAGGCAUACGCCUGAGACUAAGGAAGCUGAGAGCAUCAUAUUAAAUGUUGCUGGGAAACUUCUCAUGUUCCAGCGAGAUCGUUCUGGUCACCAAAUUUUGCAGAGAGAGGGAGUUAAACACAGACCACUUCCAUUCUGUGCUCCAGUGAUGGUAGCCUCUACUGUGGAGAACAUGUGGUCAACAUCUCGCUCUAUUGCAAACAAAAGUCACCUCAUGGAGGCCAUGUGGCUGGGCUGUGGUGCACAGGGCAUGAAGGUAUGGCUUCCCCUCUUUCCAAGGACAGAAAUCAAAGCUCAUGGGUUUCUCUCUAAACGUAUCAUGCUUCCAUUCCAUGUGGAUAUCUACCCACUUGCUGUGUUAUUUGAAAAUGUGGUAAUCCUUGGCGCAGCACAUGACAUGACUUUGUACCAAAAAACUGCAGCAAGAUGCAAUCAGCCAUAUCUUACACUUGAACGUACUAGUCAUAUCUACCUACAUCAUGUCAUAAGGCAGCUGCUGAGGAGAAAUCUUGGUGUACAUGCCUUGGAGAUUGCCUCAUGUUGUACAGAGCUGCCAUACUUCCCUCAUGUACUGGAACUAUUACUUCAUGAAGUCCUGGAGGAGGAGGCCACCUCUAAAGACCCUAUACCAGAUCCACUGUUGCCAAGGGUGGUAGCAUUUAUCCAGGAAUUUCCAGAGUAUCUUCAAACUGUUGUCCAUUGUGCAAGGAAAACAGAAGUAGCUUUAUGGCACUACCUCUUCACUUAUGCUGGAAGCCCCAAAGAUCUGUUUGAGGAGUGUCUAACUACAGGCCAACUAGACACUGCAGCCUCAUACCUAAUCAUACUUCAGAACCUGGAGAAGCCUCUAGUCAGCCGCCAGCAUGCCACUUUACUUCUGGACUCUGCCUUGGACAGCCAUAAAUGGGAACUCGCUAGAGAUCUUGUACGAUUUCUCAAGACAAUAGAUCCUAAUGAAGCUGCUGAAUCUCCACCUCUCAUGUCCCCGAUCACUCGUGCUAUUUACUCCCCAGGUGGCUACAUCACGCCACCUAUUAGUCCUCCAGUGGAUGAAGACAUGUCCGCCUUCCCAUUUGCCAGCCAAAGUCGCAAACGUGCAGUAUCAGUCACAAAAAAUGAUUACAUGAAAGAUAAAAAGGACAAGAAAACCUCAAGAAGUGACAUACUCAAUAUCCCUAAAAGGCCAUCAUCAGGUUCUAAGGAGGACACAUCUCAGAAUGCUGAAGAAUUCUUCAUAGACAUGAUUCUCCACAGACAUGCCAGGAAACAACUCUCUUCUCACAAUCUCAGAGAUCUCGGUUGUUUUGCCGCUAACCUUGAAGAUUAUCAGUUUGUCGCUUGGCUCAAGAAAGAAAAAUUACGUGCAGGGAAGGUGGAAGACUUUGUUGACGCAUUGAAGAGCUUACACAGGGACUUCAACUGGCCUUUCCCCAUCCUCUCUUAUGACAUAUUCUGUCAGAUUAACAAAACUUCACCUGUUGGUAUGAAGUCGGGUCCUAGUUCUAACUUACUGGAUGAUGACAUCAGUAGUAUUAUGUCUGACCUUGAGGUUGUGACAGUGGCGACACCUGGUAGACCUCUCACCCUGUCCACUGGGGGCUUCAGGCAGAGGGUACCAUCUGACCCUAACCUGGUCAACAGUGGGGAGGUAUAUCUCAAGCCCCAGAUCAGCAGAGAUGAUUUGAGUCACACCAGCCUUACAGAGGUGUCAGAACAGAGUUCUACUCUUGGUGACAGUGACAUGACACCAGAGCAAGGAGACUGGUUAGAUGUCAUCUCACUCAAUGAAUUAGAACAAAGGAGUCAGCAGCUUGCCAACAAGGGACCUCAGCAAUCAGAAGUGGAACUAAGGUACCUGUUACAGGUGAUGCUGGAAGCAGGCUGUCUUGAAUGGUCCCUCCUCAUCUCCUUGGUGCUACGUGAUGCAAUGGCCGUAGUUCGCACAGUCAAUACAGCUAGUCUCACUGAAACUCCCCUCGAGAUCAUUGCCAGGAUGCGAGAAGGUCUCUCUUUUAUAGAGCUGUGGGCCGAUACAGAAUGUCUGGGUUACAAGCCAUUCCUCCAGGCCAUAAAGGUCCAGAGCCAACAGCUUGCAAAACUAGUCGAGACAAACCCUCCCAGCAAGUUCAACUCCACAAAGAGGCUGAGUAUCUCCUCACAGGAGAGUGGCAGUAACACAGACAUUGACGCAAGUAGUCUAAGACUAAGUGACUCUCAAUCAAGUCUCACUCCAGUGAAGAACCUCACUCAGAAUGAAAUUGAAGAUGUGACAUUAAUGGAGGAGGAAUCACAGUGUGCAGUGUCAUAAUGAUAUGUUUGGAAUAGAAUGUUUAAUGUUAUUUUGAGUUGAAGAGUAUGUUCAAUUUGGAGCUACACAGUGCCAAUAUACAAGAGUAAAAUAUCAAACGUCGAGUCGUCGACCAGAUACAAGUCAGUUCUAUUUGGAUUGGAUUUUGAUCAGUAGUUGAGAAGUUGGUUACCUGACUAAACUCUACAAUUUACAUGCUCUAUCUGAACAAUUUUGAUGUCAGUUGCAAUACAGUAUAGUAUUAAAAUUUUUACCUCUAAAACUGAAUAUGUGUGUAUUUCCAAAUACUGAAUUUCAAUCAAUAUUUUAGUUAUUUUCAGCAUGGACCAAAAAUUGUUGGUGGCUGUGUGAAAUUAAUCUUGACUAUAGCAGCAAUUUAAUAUGUGUUCAAUGUCACUCCUAUGAAGCCUUCCUGAAUUUACAUGGUUUCUUCUUGAAUAUCAUGUCAAUGCUGAACAUAUACAGUAAAGCCUGUCUAUUGUC